AAAGCCCCUAAAGCUAAGGGGCCCCUCCGCCCGGCUGCUUAUCGCCGGACGGAUCGCUAAAUUUCCGCUAGAAUCCCUUUCGGAGGCAAAUCCUGGAUCGUUCCCGGUCCCGAAUUGGCAGGAACUGCAUCUCUUCCUUGCCGGAUUUUUUUCUAUUCCUCAUUCUUUAUCAUUCCUGUCCACGCCUCCUUAACCUUAAUUACUUGACACUCUUUUUCUUUCCUUCUUUUCUCAAUACUAAUUUUCCUAAUCGAUCUCCACGUCUAAUCAUUCUCUCAACUCCCGCCCUAUUUGACUCCAGUCGCGUCAGACACGCCAUUCAACCCCAUCUAUUGAUGGUCCUUUCCUGAUCAUCUCGACAUUGGGUCCUCCGAAUUAUCCCCACAGCUCGGACCCAUCUCACAACCUUUGAUUGACUUUUUCCCCACGUAAAAAGAAGCCCGCUAUGUCGCUUCUGGGGACGUUUAACCAAAGCGCUACCACCGAGGUGACUAGUGAGUCAGUCUCGGUGGCUCGCGAAAUUCAUCAUCAUGAUCCUGCCCACAGUGUCAGCAGCGAGGACACUGCCCACGAAAAGACCGAAGUUGGCAAUGAGGAUGUGAUCGAGGCCGAGGUCACUCGUCUGGCCCGCCAGCUUACCCGCGAAUCCACCCGUUGGGUCGAUGGUGAGAACACGUUCCUCGAGACCAAGGAGGAUUCGACCCUCAACCCACACAGCGAAAACUUCAAGGCCCGCAAUUGGAUGAAGAACUUGCUCGCUGUCACUGCCCGCGACCCCGAACGUUACCCUUCCCGCCAGGCUGGCGUGUCGUUCCGCAACCUUAGUGUGCACGGUUAUGGUAGCCCCACGGAUUAUCAAAAGGACGUGUUCAACUCUGUCCUGCAGGUGGCGGCUCUGGCCCGCAUGGUCACCGGCACUGGCAAGCAGAAGAUCCAGAUUCUGCGUGACUUCGAUGGCCUCGUCAAGAGCGGCGAGAUGCUGGUUGUCCUAGGACGUCCUGGUUCUGGAUGUUCGACCUUCCUGAAGACCUUGGCCGGCGAGAUGAACGGUAUCCACAAGGGUGACAAGACCUACAUGAACUACCAAGGUAUCUCCGAUAAGCAGAUGAACAACCAGUUCCGCGGUGAAGCUAUCUACACCGCCGAGACCGACGUGCACUUCCCCCAGUUGACCGUUGGUGACACCCUCAAGUUCGCGGCGCUGGCCCGCGCCCCUCGCAACCGUCUGCCUGGGGUUUCCCGUGACCAGUAUGCUGAGCACAUGCGUGACGUGGUCAUGGCUAUGCUUGGUCUUUCGCACACCAUCAACACUCGUGUUGGUAACGAUUUCGUGCGUGGUGUUUCUGGUGGUGAGCGCAAGCGUGUUUCCAUCGCCGAGGCUACCCUUUGUGCCAGCCCUCUCCAGUGCUGGGAUAACAGUACCCGAGGUCUGGAUAGUGCCAACGCCUUGGAGUUCUGUAAGACCCUGAACCUGAUGGCCAAGUACUCCGGUACUACCUGUGCGGUUGCUAUCUACCAAGCCUCCCAGAGUGCCUACGAUGUCUUUGAUAAGGUGACUGUUUUGUACGAGGGUCGCCAGAUCUACUUCGGCCGCACCAAUGAGGCCAGGGAAUUCUUCACCAACAUGGGUUUCGAGUGCCCCGAACGCCAGACUACUGCCGAUUUCUUGACCUCCCUGACCAGCCCUGCCGAGCGUAUCGUUAAGAAGGGCCACGAGAACCUCGUGCCACGCACCCCCGACGAGUUUGCCGCCGCCUGGAAGAACAGCAAGGACUACAAGGAACUGAUGCGCGAGAUUGAGGAGUUCGACCAGGCCUAUCCCCUCGGUGGCGAAGCCCUCGACAAAUUUGUUGACUCGCGCCGCGCUAUGCAGGCCAAGAAUCAGCGUGUCCGGUCUCCCUACACGAUCUCCGUCUGGCAGCAGGUCAGCCUGUGCAUGAACCGUGGUUUCCAGCGUCUUAAGGGAGAUGCUAGUUUGACCCUGUCUCAGUUGAUCGGUAAUUUCAUCAUGGCUCUUAUCAUCGGUUCAGUCUUCUUCAAUCUCCAGGACACCACAGAUAGUUUCUACUCUCGUGGUGCCCUUCUCUUCUUCGCUGUUCUUCUCAAUGCCUUCUCCAGUGCCUUGGAGAUCCUGACUCUUUACGCCCAACGUCCGAUCGUCGAAAAGCAAGCUCGUUACGCCAUGUAUCACCCGUUCGCCGAAGCCAUCGCUUCGAUGUUGUGUGAUAUGCCGUAUAAGCUUCUCAACGCCGUGACCUUCAACGUGACUCUCUACUUCAUGACGAACCUGCGUCGUACUCCUGGUGCAUUCUUCACGUUCCUGCUAUUCUCCAUCUUCACGACUCUGACCAUGUCCAUGAUCUUCCGAACCAUUGCUGCUAGCUCUCGAACUCUGUCCCAGGCUCUAGUGCCGGCUGCUAUCCUGAUCCUGGGUCUAGUGAUUUACACUGGCUUCACUAUCCCUCCCCGCAACAUGCUGGGCUGGUCUCGCUGGAUGAACUACAUUGAUCCCAUUGGAUAUGGCUUCGAGUCGCUGAUGGUCAACGAGUUCCACAACCGUUGGUUCGACUGCCUGGACUCAUCGAUGAUUCCUGCUGGCCCCGGUUACAACGACGUUCCCGCGAAUAGCAAGAUCUGCUCCGCGAAGGGCGCCCGUGCUGGUUCUAACCGAGUAUUUGGUAAUGACUACCUCGCUGAUAGCUUCCAGUACUCCAACAGCCACAAGUGGCGCAACCUGGGUAUCAUGAUCGGUUUUAUGAUCUUCUUCAUGACGACCUACCUGACCGCCACUGAGUACAUCUCGGAGUCCAAGUCUAAGGGUGAGGUCCUGCUUUUCCGUCGUGGCCACUCCUCCAAGCGCAACUCGCAUGAGGAUGAUGUCGAAUCGAGCGAGACCGUGUCCCCCGGCGAGAAGACCGAUGAGACCAGCAGCCAAGAGGUGACCGCUGGUAUUCAGCGUCAGACCGCUGUCUUCCACUGGCAGGAUGUGUGCUACGAUAUCAAGAUCAAAAGCGAGGAGCGUCGCAUCUUGGAUCACGUUGAUGGUUGGGUCAAACCUGGUACCUGUACUGCCCUUAUGGGUGUCUCUGGUGCCGGUAAGACUACUCUUUUGGAUGUGCUUGCUACCCGUGUCACUAUGGGUGUUGUCUCUGGCGAGAUGCUCGUUGAUGGCCGCCCUCGCGACCAGUCCUUCCAGCGUAAGACCGGUUAUGUCCAGCAGCAGGAUCUCCAUCUCUAUACUACUACCGUCCGUGAGGCACUGCGCUUCAGUGCUAUGCUUCGUCAGCCUGCCGAUGUUUCACGCCAGGAGAAGCUGGACUAUGUCGAAGAGGUCAUCAAGCUCUUGGGUAUGGAAGCCUAUGCUGACGCGAUCGUUGGUGUUCCCGGUGAAGGUCUCAACGUUGAGCAGCGUAAGCGUCUGACUAUCGGUGUCGAGCUUGCUGCCAAGCCCCAGCUGCUUCUGUUCCUGGACGAGCCUACCUCCGGUCUCGACUCGCAAACUUCCUGGUCCAUUCUCGACCUCAUUGAUACCCUGACCAAGCACGGUCAAGCUAUUCUCUGCACCAUCCACCAACCGUCCGCUAUGCUCUUCCAGCGUUUCGACCGUCUCCUGUUCCUCGCCAAGGGCGGAAGAACGGUCUAUUUCGGUGAUAUCGGCGAGAAGUCCUCGACCCUCGCUAGCUACUUCGAACGCAACGGUGCCCCCAAGCUGCCUCUCGAGGCCAAUCCUGCUGAAUGGAUGCUGGAGGUCAUUGGUGCCGCUCCCGGUUCUCACAGUGAUAUCGAUUGGCCUGCCGUCUGGCGCGACAGUCCUGAGCGCAAGGGCGUGCAUGAGCACCUGGCUGAAUUGAAGGCGACUCUCUCCCAGAAGCCAGUCGAGGAAUCAAGCAACAACCCGGCCAAUUACAAGGAAUUCGCUGCUCCCUUCUCCGUCCAGCUCUACGAGUGUCUUGUCCGCAUCUUUAGCCAGUACUGGCGCACCCCGGUUUACAUCUACUCAAAGGCUGCCCUUUGUAUCCUCACUUCUCUUUACAUCGGUUUCUCCUUCUUCCAGGCACAGAACUCCCAGCAGGGUCUCCAGAAUCAGAUGUUCAGUAUCUUCAUGCUGAUGACUAUUUUCGGUAACUUGGUGCAGCAGAUCAUGCCUCACUUCUGCACCCAGCGCUCCCUCUACGAAGUCCGUGAGCGUCCCUCCAAGACCUACUCCUGGCAGGCAUUCAUGGGUGCCAACAUCCUGGUUGAGCUCCCUUGGAACACUCUCAUGGCCGUCUUUAUCUUCGUCUGUUGGUACUACCCUAUCGGUCUGUACCGUAACGCCGUGGAGGCUGGGGCUGUUCACGAGCGUGGAGCUCUAAUGUUCCUCCUUAUCUGGUCCUUCCUGCUUUUCACCUCUACUUUCGCGCACAUGAUGAUUGCUGGUAUCGACCUCGCAGAGACUGGUGGUAACCUGGCCAACUUGCUCUUCUCACUCUGCUUGAUUUUCUGCGGUGUUCUCGCUACUCCCGCACAGAUGCCUGGCUUCUGGAUCUUCAUGUACCGUGUCUCACCAUUCACGUACCUCGUCUCUGCAAUGCUUUCCACCGGUGUCUCCGGUGCCACAGCCACCUGCGAGAGCAUCGAGUACCUGCACUUUGACCCUCCCAGUGGCGAGACUUGCCUGAAGUACAUGGAACCCUACAUGGAGCUCGCCGGUGGAUACCUCCUGAACGAAAAUGCCACGUCCGAUUGCUCCUUCUGCACUGUCAAGUCCACCGAUGUCUUCCUUGCCCAGGUGACUAGUUACUACAAGGAUGCCUGGCGUAACUUUGGCAUUAUGUGGGCCUUCAUCAUCGUCAACAUCUUCCUGGCGGUUGGCAUCUACUGGCUCGCCCGUGUACCCAAGGGCAACCGCAGCAAGAACUCCAAGUAGGAGUUGGUAUUUCUGCUGAUCGAAUAUGCCAAGCACUAUCUUUCUCGUUAGGUUCUUUAAUUCUCCAAAAUGUUUCUGUUUCUGAUCCCCCUGCAUCAAGCCACAUGUUCUUUUGAAUGACUCUCCUCUUCUCUUUGGUUCGUUGAUGUUACUAUUGCCUUUCUCAUCGGCAUUGAGCGUUGCUAGUCUGAGGCAGUCGCGCUGUCUUCAUUAAUUUUUUGCAUGGAUGGCCUUUUGAUAUUCUUAGAUCCUUUAACAUGGGCAUAUCUGCAAAUAUGUAUAGAUUAUUGAAAGAUCUCUCUUCUGUUACAUGUUUACUUCGUCGCAGUUUCACUGUAGAAAGGGGUUGUCAAUGCUAUUCCCACCUAGUGUGUCAUGUUUGAUACAAAGA